AUUUGAUUCUCGUGGGUUGGUAUCGCGCACAGAUCAUCAGCAGCCGCAUAACGAGACUCUCUCUUGGUGGGUGCACGGUUGCUUCGUCAAAUUUCAUGGGCGAAUGAUUGAAGCACGAAACGGAUAAGAGGAAAGUGGAAGUACGGCAGUGUACUGUUCGUCGUGUCUCUAAGCCUGUAAAAGCGACGACGAAAAUGAGCGAGCUCGUUUGGGGGAUAAAGAAUGGCGAUCUCGAGCAAGUGCGAGAUAUCGUCGAGAACAAGAAUAUUGAUGUAAAUCAAAUGAUUGAUGGAAGAACGCCUCUACAUUAUGCAGCUGAUUAUGGUCAGAACGAAGUUGUCAGAUACUUGCUGGAGAAAGGAGCAAAUGCCAAUGCUACGGACAAGCAUGGGAUCACAACAUUAUUGGCAGCAAUCUGGGAAGGGCAUACAAAUUGUGUAAAACUGUUGCUAGAGAAAGGUGCUAAGCCAGAUGGCUUAACACCGGAUGGCACGAGCUAUCUGGACGCGGCUGAGAAAGACGAAAUUAAACAGCUCCUGAAACUCCACUAGCAUAAAGCCGAAUAAAAUGCGGAAUCAUAAUUUUGUUACUUUAGUAUGUUAAUGUUCCUCAUAGAGAGAGUGAGAGAGAAAGAGAGGGAGAAAGAGAGUAUUCCACCACAGCUUGAUUUUGAUUUCUCGCUUAUGAUUAGGGGUAUCACAUAUUUAUGCACUCUAAAUUAAUGAACAUAGGUACGUGGAUGCUGUUUUAUAAUAAUAAAAAAAAUAAUAAUAAAAUAAUAUACUGCAUGUGUCAAGAGUGUAUAAUGAAGAGCUCAUAUUCUUGCGCGGUUAAUUAAUUCUUCAUGGUUCUAAACAUACGCAUAAGUCUACGAAUUUGUAAUAACGAUAUUGUUCUUUCGUAGCUAAGACCGAUUACGAAGGUUAAUUUUAAUUUAAACUUAACGAUCGUACACACACACACACACACACACACACACACACACACACACACACACAUAUAUAUAUAUACAUAAUAUUAUGUAUUUUGAUAUAUUCUCUAUAAGACGGUACGUACGACUUUUACAUUCUCUUUGUUAUUAAUUUAUAAAUCUUGGGGAACCUUUUUAUACAUUUUUAUGUCACGUAUGCGCGCGCGAUCGUGUGUUGAAUCAUUAUUACUCCAUUUUAAUUUAAUACUUUUCCGUCGAAUUGACGGAGGAUUAUUUGUGCGUUUUGAACAAAAUGCCGAAAAAAAAAACUCCUUCGAGACUACUCCUGUGUGCUGAGUUGAAUUUUCCAACGAGAUCUAUGUAAAUUGCGAUCAAAGAAGUAGUAGUGUCUUUGCAAUGCUCUACCAACGUGUAAUGUGUCUAAUGGAUGCUAAGAAUGUACAAUAAUCAAAAAUAACAAGCAAAUACAUUCAUUGUUAUGAA